UGGAGAGGAUGGUUGGCUCCCACACGAACAGAACAGUUUACCAAAACAUUGAUCGCCAUUUGUACCUCCGACUUCAGUUAUUUUGUUUCAGGUUUCAUUUAAAGGCAGAUGAGUGGGAUUUGGCUUAGAGUCUUGCCAGUCCUUGCUCGCAACCGUGGGCUUACUGGUAGCCAUGCCAUAGGAAUUUUGGGCUCAUCUACGUGGUCUUCCCUGGCCUUCAGACUGUGUACUCAGAAAGUGGCAAGAUUGCAUAGUAUUAAAAAACCAUGUGUAACUACAGAUAACACUGUUCAGAGAAACACGAAGCCGUUUCCACCAGUUUCAUGCUAUGGAGUUCUGCAAGUGUGCCAUUACAAAAGCUUUGGUCAUGAGAAAGAAAAAUACUCAAAAUCCAAGACGGUAUUCCUCUCCUUUAUAGGCAUCAUGUUUAUCGUCUGUUUAAUUGAUUGGGACUGGGUUAAGAGAUGGUGGACUGUGGAUGCUGCUAGUAUGACUGAAGCUGAUAGACCUAAAGAAGAGGAGGAGGAGGAUGAAGAUGACAACUCCUUGGAGUCCUCCUCUGAAGACACAGAAACAGAUGAGGAUGUUAAAGAUAAAAAGAAAAAGAAACGUGUGGGAUUCAGAGAUAGAAAGAUCAUAGAGUACGAGAACAGAAUUCGAGCAUAUUCAACCCCGGAUAAAAUUUUCCGCUACUUUGCUACAUACAAGUUAAUACAAAGGACUGCAAGUGGAGUUGAAAGGACUGAGGUUUUCAUGACUCCAGAUGAUUUUCUGCGAGCGCUGACUCCAGGAAUGCAACAGCCUGAGGGAUUAGGUCUUGACCAGUUCAAGAAGUAUGAUCCAAAGAAAGGGAAGUCUGACUUAACUGCAGAAGUGGAUGAUAUAUCAGGAGAGAUGCUGGAGGAGGAGGGAAGAAUGAACACUUCCAACAAACUGGAGCUUGCCCUUGAUGAAGAUUCUAUUUUCUACAAGCUUGGUAGCUCAGGACUCAUCUCUUUCUCAGAUUUUAUCUUUUUACUCACUGUCUUAUCCACAUCUCGUCGUCAUUUUGAGAUAGCUUUUCGUAUGUUUGACUUGAAUGGUGAUGGAGACGUUGAUUAUGAGGAAUUUGAUAAAGUAGCAACACUGAUUCGUAAUCAGACAAGCAUUGGAGCACGUCAUCGAGAUCAUGCCAAUACUGGAAAUACAUUUAAAGGUGUUAAUUCUGCUCUCAGCACCUACUUCUUUGGCCAGACAUUAAGAGAAAAAUUAACCAUCGAGAAAUUCUUGUUCUUUCAGCAGCAGUUACAACAAGAAAUUCUCAGUCUAGAGUUUCGUCGCAAGGGUCCAAAUGAAGAUGGCUUGAUAUCAGAGGCAGACUUUGCUGAAUUGUUGUUAGCAUAUGGUGGGUAUCCACCAAAUAAGAAGGCAAGAAUGCUCAAAAGAGUCAAGAAAGCAUUCAAGGGUGAAACUUCUCAAGGCAUUAGCCGAGAUGACUACUUGAAGUUUUUUCAUUUUCUGAAUAACAUCAAUGAUGUGGACACAGCCUUGACUUUCUACCACAUUGCUGGUGCUUCUAUUGAUCCAGCAACCCUGAAGCAUGUGGCCAAGACUGUUGCACAUGUUGAGCUUUCGGACCAUGUUGUCAACGUUGUCUUCACACUCUUUGAUGAUAACAAUGAUGGUCAGCUCAGCAACCGGGAGUUUGUUGCUGUGAUGAAAAACAGAUUGCAACGUGGCUUAGAAAAGCCUAAAGACACAGGAUUUGUGAAACUUAUCGUAUCCAUGUUUAAAUGUGCUGGAGAGACAAAACCUGUACUUUUGGAUAUAUGAGGAAAGGUUCGUGUGCGAGAUGCAGAUUUGAAAGAGGCAGAGAAGAGACACUGUGAAGGGUGUAAUUGCAGAGGCAAAGAAAAAAAUGGUAAUAAAGGAACAAAUUCAGAAGACAAGAAAGAAUAAUCUUACUGUUAUAUGUAAGAAAGUGCAAUAUUAAUUGUACAGUAUUCACAAUAAAUGCUAAACUUGUACAAGUAUUUCAACAAGCUGUAUAUUUAUGUCAACGCUAUAUGACUCUUGUGGGUUUAGCGUUUAGUUUUGAUAAUUAUAAUACAGCCUCUCCUCACUUAACGUCGCUAAGUGAAAUGGUAGCGAGUUUGUGUUAGUCAUCUUUGAUAUUGUUUUAAUGUCACCUUUGCACCAUUUAUAACAUUUCUGGUAUAUUCUUAAACGUUUAUAUGGUAGUGUACUAUAUAUCGUAAUAAACAGAAUAGAGGAAAUCGGUUCUAAUAUACAUUAUUCAGGUAUGCAUACUGGUCAGAGAGCCUGUCGUAAGUCCGAAGUGUCGGUAAACAAGUAUGUCACUAAGUGAAGAGAGGCUGUAAUGUAUAUUUAUGUGCUAGUGAGGUGGUAAUGUUAUUCAUUAUAUAGUCAGAACUUUAAAGUGGUGUGUGAAAAACAGUUCCUAUAAACAGUGUGCAAGUCACUGUAUAAGAAGAAAAUGUGUAUGUUGCUCUCUUGAAAGGAUAUGGAUAAAUAAUUGUUUCAGAUUUACCCAAAGACUAUACAUUCUUCUUCAGAAAUACAAAUGGUGAAUGGAGUACAUUUUGUCAUGGGAGAAAGUUUAGCAGAAAUGGUAAUUAAGUUUAUUUGUAUUGCAUCAUAGCUUCUUAUCUCAUUGAUAUGGAAAAAUCUAAGAUAGACAUCAUAUACUGUACUUGAAAAAACAUGAAAUUUAGCAUAGUAUUUAUUUGACUGUGGAUGGUGGGUGAGAAUGACCAAUUUUUUUUUUUUUUUUUAUAGCAUUUGUGUAUUUUUCUUAUACUAUUAGUUUUUGCAUCUUUACAGUAUUAUUAUAUUAAAAACAAGUUUCAAAUUUUUUGUAAAAUUUAUUUAGGUAUUUUCACAAGACAUUGGUAAUUGUAAUUUACAUGGUAUCAUUAGCAACUGAUUUUUAUCGUCAUAUUAUCAGCAUUAGCUAUUCAUUCUUUUGGAAAAACAAAUUGCCUAUGAAAACAUUUCAUUUUAAAAAUAAGACUACCCUUUCAGUAAUCUUUUACAUCAUCAUCUUUCAACAAACCGGCCGUAUCCCACUGAGGUAGGGUGGCCCAAAAAGAAAAACAGAAGUUUUUCUUUUUAAAUUUAGUAAUUUAUACAGGAGAAGGGGUUACUAGCCCCUUGCUCCCGGCAUUUUAGUCGCCUCUUACAACAUGCAUGGCUUACGGAGGAAGAAUUCUGUUCCACUUCCUCAUGGAGAAUCUUUUACAUAUUAUUCCAUAAGUAUUUACAAAAAAAGCUUUUAAUAUUUUGUGUACUGGUUUAUCUUUUCUCGUUACUUUUACCUUACCUUUUCUUGCUUUCUGUACCUCCUGCGUGUUUGAUACAGUAGUUCUUGUUAUAAUGACAUGUUUUUAUUUCAUAAUGCAGUUAGUAUUUUACUUAUUGAUGAAACAAAUAUUAAUAGCUGUAGCAUGUAUUCCAAAAAAAAAUACUGCAUGCUCAUUGUCAAUUAAGGUUGUUAAGAUUAUAUUUAGCUGAAGCAAUCAGAAAUAGAAAAUAAAUUUUGUACAAACAUGAUAAGGUUAAUGGUACCCUAAACAGUAAUUUUUAAAUAUUUAUAGAGUGCAGUAUAGGUUGACAGUAGUAAUUUUCAUAAGUUUUAGCGAUACAUAUUAUUAUGCAACUUUAAUAAGUGGUACAUCACGCAACAACAAACUUAACUUUUAUAAUAUUGGAUUUAUGAAAUAAGAUGUCAACUAAAAUAUUCAUUAAAAUAAAAUUUAAUAUACUU